CUAGGGGGUUGUGUCAUUGUCAUUGUCAUUGUCAGUUGCCCUCAUUCCAUGGCCCACGUUCUCGGCGAUCCUCCAUAUGCUCGAUCGCAACGAGGGGUAUUCUAGUGUCGAAUCUUCGAUAUUCUAUGACGUCUAUGGAGGGGGGAGCACUGCUUGAAUGAUGGUAGUUGACCGCUCUCUCUCUUUCUGCCUCACUUAUCCACACGUAUGUAGGCCAUGGAAGGGGAUUGAGGCUGACUGUAUCCAUAUCGCAAAUGCCGGUCGCCCAGUCUUCACAAUGAUAAUGACGAUGAAGUGGGCACGGCACCACCUCUCUGGAAUCUCUUCAAUCGCCUGUUCUCGGGAGGACAAUAGGCGCAAUGGAGAAUUCCCUCUUCAUGCCUUGCCUCUCCAAGGCGUUUGUUUACCAGAGCCGGUAUCCUUCCGGAGUGCGCUUUGUGAUUUGCUCACCAUUUUGUCCUAUGGAUACUACAGAAAAAUCUACACCGUUAUUACGAAGCCAAACAUAAGGCAACAGUCAUUCGCCCAGCGACUCUCUUUUUUUUUUUUUGUUCUUCGGUCCAACGUCAUGACCAAGUUCGUGAGAGUACGUAGCCUGGUGAAACCACAACAAAAACAACAGCGAUGUUUCCCAGUCAAAUGGAAUCGGUAAGAGAAGGUCCGGCCCUGUUCCAUGCGUUGUGUAGCAUGCUA